AUGUUCUCGUCUAAGGGUCUGUUCAAGGACAUUCCAUGCCCGAGCCAGGCAGAGUGCGCUCUCCCGACCUGUUGGUUCCUUCACGAAGACGCAACCACAUCGGCCAAUGACACGGCGCAGGAGUACGACCCUUUUAGUGCAGGAGUGUCAGACUCCCCCCCAGCAAAGCGACGGAAGAUAGGUAUCGAUUCCGAUCUACAAUAUGGCAAUGCGGUCUCUGCGGUUCGAAGCGUUAUUGAAGUCCCCGCCGAGCUGCUAGAUGCCAAGCAUCAUGACGAUCCUCCUCAUACCAGAGCGAUCUCUAAAGACGCCACCAGGGCACUCGCCGACGGCAACAAAUCUGUAGCGUCUGCAGACGGAAGGAACAAUCUGCGUACCGUGAAUCGAGCCAUCACUCCUCCUCCCACGCAACAAGCUAGGACCAAGCAAAAUGGAUCGUCUCGGCCACAGGGUCAGCAAAUGGAUGACAGACCUGUACCCCCAAAAGCAAACCAGCAUGAACUACAGUCAGCAUCUUCUGAACAAUCCUCCAAGCAAAACACAUCGAACCGAGCGGUGACCCCUCCCAAAGUGAAGCCGCGAUCAAACGAGUCCAAUCAAACGCGAUCAACAAAUCCUAAGUCCGUGGAAAUGAUCAAGAAGGAGGAUCUUGUACCUCGUCUCUUGGGUCCAGGACCGGCACAGCACAGCAGCCGCAUGAACUUUCUGACUGCCCUUCAUAAGCAGAUGCAAAUGCGGAACACCAAAGUUGUGCAAGCUGGACAGGACCUCAAGUCACUACGGCUGACACAGCAAGAGCUGAUCACUCUGGCGCUCGACGAGGAAGAGCUGCUUGCGCGCAAGCAUGACUCAGGUAUCUAUCAGAACAUGGUACGGCAACGAGCUCAUGCAAUCUCGAAGAUGACCAAUGACCAGUGGGGGGCUUUCAUAUCCGACAAGGUGGCUCGUCUUCUUCGUCGCAAACGGGCACCCGCAGCACAGCCACCUGACUCGUCUUCAGACCUACCGCAUUCUACUGGACUCACAGCACAACAACAUCUCACUGUACUCCUGCAGCUAUCCCGACCUCUAGUUAAUCUACAGCAAUACGGCUACGUAACCACUCCGCCUAGCAAUGAAGAAAUUGCCUCCGCCGCUGCAGCAGUGAAGGCUAGCGCGAAUUGGGAGAAGUGCGAUCGUUGCGGAACGCGCUUCCAGGUUUUCCCCGGACGAGACGAGCAGGGGCGGCUUGCGUCUGGCGGACGCUGUCGGUAUCAUUGGGCUCGAGCUGGCCGCGGGCGUUUGAGCAGGAUUCAAGUGGCGACAGGUGGAACUGAAGACAAACAUGGAUGUUGCAACCAAGCCUUCGGAAGCGAAGGGUGCACCGAGGCAGACACGCACGUUUUCAAUGUCAAGGACCGAAAUCGAUUGGCCAGCAAUUGGCAGUGGGUCAAUACUCCAGAAGAGGAUGGAACUCAAGCUCCAGUGAGUUUCGAUUGCGAGAUGUGCUAUACGACGUUUGGGCUGGAAGUCGUAAGGGUGACGGCCGUCUCGUGGCCUGAUAACAAGACUCUGCUUGAUGUCCUGGUCAGACCUUACGGCGAGAUUCUCGAUCUCAAUACUCGCUUUUCGGGCGUAUCGAAGAAGAUGUAUGCAGAGGCAGUUCCUUACGUCGACCAAGCGACGGAUCCCGAUGCACACGAGGCAGAGACGCUGAUGAAGGUUGAGACACCUGCUGCAGCUCGUCAAUUGCUCUUCGAAUUACUGACACCGACGACUCCUUUGAUCGGGCACGCCAUCGACAAUGACCUCAACACGCUGAGGCUUAUUCAUCCUACCGUCAUCGACACCGUCCUGCUCUAUCCCCAUCCCAGAGGAUUGCCGGUGCGAAAUAGUCUACGUAAUCUCGUGGCCCAGCACCUGGGUAGGACUAUUCAAGCAGGGCCCGGACAUGACUCCAAGGAGGACGCCGUCGCGACGGGAGACCUUGUCACGCUAUCAGUCAAGAAUAAGUGGAAGAUCCUACAGGCAGAAGGAUGGAAGUUUGACAAGAACGACGAGCUGGUCAAAGAAGAAGGCGCAAGUAAACUUUAG